UUGUAUAUACGGUAGUGAUGACUGAAUCACUGCAAAAUAGCUAGAGAAGAAAAAAACAUAAGAAACGAAAAAUCACAUACUAAUUUUAAAUUGUAGCUUUAAAGAAAUCAGCAAUAAUUUAAAAAAAAAAUCGCAAUUUUAUCGAUUUUAGUAACAUCAAAGUGAAACAAUGUCUGAACCAAAAUUGCGUGUGGGUCAGAAGGUCGAAGUGGCUGGCAAAAAUAUUCGCGGUGAAGUAGCGUACAUUGGUAUGACUACAUUUGCGGCCGGAAAAUGGGCUGGUGUUGUACUAACGGAACCAAAAGGCAAAAAUAAUGGUACAAUUCAAGGAACUGCAUAUUUCACGUGUCCUGAAAAUCAUGGAAUGUUUGUGAGACCAACGCAAUUGGUUCCGCUCGAUGAUGCUGGUAAUCCAAUUCAAGAAGCAGCCGAAGAAAAGCCACAGAGAUCACGCUUAAGCAGUGCAAGUACCGUUCGUUCGGUCACAAGUACGCGUCUGACAACCAUAAGAAGAAAAUCGCCGAUCAAAACACUGCAAUCCAAGUCGAAAAAUACGGAUGAUGCUGCAUCGUUGGCAUCAAACUCAAGUUCUCGCGUGUCAUUGGCGGGAAGUCGUCAAUCGUUGAGUGGAUCACGUACGCAAUUGUCGUCAACACCAAGUGAACGAACAACACCAUCGCAAAGCACAACAGAUCUUUCGAAGAAAGCAGAACGUCGUACAAUGAAUUCACCGCCAGAAUCGGUGAUGCCAGUGUCUUCGAAGCGAGAAUCAUUUGUGGAAACUGGUUUCUUGGAAACAUUGAAACCACAAUUCACACCAGGCCAUCCAAUCACAUCGCCGGCUCUAACGACACAACAUUCGGUCGAAGAGAAAAUCAAUUUACUUCAACUUCAACAAGAGAACGAAGAUUUGCGCAAUCAAAUCCGUGACCUAACCGAAAAAUUAGACACAUUGAAGCAACGCCGUACCGAAGACAAAGAACGUUUUCGCGAAUUUGAAAAAAUGCAAACACAAUUUGAGCAAAUGCAAGAAUUUAAACUUCGUAUUAUGGAAGCACAAUCACAAUUACAACGUGAAUUGCAACGGGCUCGUCAAGAGACCAAAGAUGCAAUCGAUGAGAAAAAUCGACAUGCUGAAGAAAUGUCCGAGUUGGCAGAAAACGUUGAACUUAUCACAUUAGACAAAGAAAUGGCGGAGGAGAAGGCUGAUUUUUUGAAUUCGGAACUGGAUGCAGCAAAAGAGCGAAUCGAGGAAUUGACAUUGGAUUUACAAAUUAUCAAAGCCGAAAUGGAAAAUCGAAUUGGAGAAGGUGGCAUCACGGAUGUUACAUCAAGUAGUAUAGGAACUGGAGGCGGUGCUGGUGUUGUUGCUGCUGGUGGCGAGCACUCAUUUAAAAUAACACAGUUGACACAACAAAAUGAACGGCUCCGUGAUGCAUUGGUGAAAAUGAGAGAUUUAUCCGCACAUGAAAGACAUGAACUGCAAAAAAUGACCAAGGAAUUGGAAACAAAAACAUCCGAGGUCAACGAAUUGCAACAAACAAAAGAGAAGCUAUCGAUUAAAAUCGAUGAAUUAGAAACACAAUUGAUUGAUUUACAUGAACAAGUCGAUGCGGCGCUUGGUGCCGAUGAAAUGGUCGAACAAUUAGCUGAAAAGAAAAUGGAAUUGGAAGACAAGGUUAAAUUGCUCGAAGAGGAAAUCCGGGAACUUGAAGCGUUGGAGGAGGUUCAUGAACAAUUGGUGGAAUCAAGCCAUGAAAAUGAAAUGGAUUUGCGUGAAGAAUUGGAUAUGGUACAAGCUGCCAAACGAGAGAUGCAACGUGAAAAAGAUGCGGCAAUCGAGACAAUCCUGGAUCGGGACCAAACAAUUCUGAAAUUCCGUGAUUUAGUGCACAAGCUCAAUGAACAAAUAACGGAAUUGAGAGAUCGUGCAUCGAAUGCUCAAGGCAGUAAAAUCGAUACCAAUAAGAGCAAUGCCAAUCAAAUUGUCGAGGCAAUCGAUUUCAAGCAAAUGUUUGCCGAAUCCAAGGCCUAUACACGCGCGAUUGAUUUGCAACUUCGCCAAAUCGAACUAAGCCAAGCCACCGAACACGUUCGUCUAUUAACGUCGUUCAUGCCGAGUACAUUUAUGAGUCGCGGCGGUGACUAUGAUGCCAUUCAGAUUAAUUUAUUGAUUUCACGCAUUAUUUCCAAAACCGAAAUAAUCGUUGGACAGGCACGAGAGCGUUUCCCAGCUGUCGGUACAAUCGAACGAAACGCCGUCGUUCAAGGGCAUACCGUUCAACAAUUCGCCUUUAAAUCACGUCUUUUAUAUCACAUAUACAAUUUAACGAGUGUGAUGCAUCAAUUUUUGUUCGGUUUAAAUUCAUGUACGCCGGAUCUAUUGCUGAAAGCCGGCCAAUCAUUGCCUGAAAUGCUUGCACAGGAAAAAGUUAUCGAUGGCAUUGUUGAAUUGUUGAAGGCCAAUCAACUCGAUGAAAAUUCGUCAACCGAUAAUCUUGAAAAGGCCGUACUAUUCUUCAAUGCAAUUUAUUCGGUGCUAUUUGGUGCUGAGGCCAAUUUACUAAAUGAAACUCAGUUGGUUCGUGACAGUGUUUCUUCGAUACAAUCAGCAUGUGAUUCGAUUACCACCGACAGUGCAAUGAUACAAUCGGUGAUCAAAGGUGGUGAUGAAACAUCCGAGUCGGGUCUAUUGCUUCAGUAUGCAUUGCAAAAUGCGGAUUCAAUUCGUCAGCAGUUGAAGUUAAUCAAACGUCGUUUACCUCAAGAUUCUUCGGUUAUUCGUUGUGGAUUGUCUGAUAAGACCAUUUUAACGAUUCGUCAAACAAAUGAGCAACUUGGUAAAGUGAUGAAUACACUGUUCAAUGCAUCAAAAUCGAUUUUGCAUUCGAUUUCAUCGACGGCUGCCGAAGCAACAGACAUUUCAUCGGUUACAGUGCCUAAUACCAAAAUUAUGGACCUGUUGGCAAUUGCAUGUGAAAAAGUAUACGAACAAGAUGAUCGUGGCCCAUCGCAAAAUUUAAAAACAGCAUUAUCCGCAACAAAUACAGAUAUUGCACAAUUGGCACAGUACCUAUUGGAUAAUGAAUAUGAAAUUUUGUCGGUCACAUCAACGGCAAAACAAGAUAAACCACAACCGCCAAUCACAUUGCGCGCACAAUUUGUCAAAAAACAAAUGGAAGAAACAAAGGCGCUUAAGGCCACUGUUGAAAACAGAGAGGCCGACAUUCGUCAGCUAAAAGUCGAUUUGAAAUUAAAAGUGCAAGAAUUAUCCGACAUGCAAUAUCGCAAAGAUUUGGCCGAAAAGAAAGUAUCGGUGAUUCAACAAGAAUUUGAAAAAACAUCAGAAAAAUUACAACGCCAACGCGAUGAUAUUGCUGAACAACUAAAAAAGAAAGAAAAAGAAUACGAAGAGGGAAUGAAUCAUUUGCAAAAAGAUAUCGACUCAUUGGAAUCGGAACGUCAUCAUUUGCGUGAGAACUUGAAGGCACACAGUACGAAGAAAGGUGACGUCAAGCAACCUAUUACAUUUGACACAGCAAGUUCCACGCCGUUUGUGGCUCAAGAGCUUUCAAUACUGAAGAAAGCAUUACAGGAUGAGCGUGCCGAAAGAAUUCGAAUCCAAGCAACUGAAAUGGAAAAGAUUUUGAAAAAUCUGAAACCAAUCCAUGUUCCACAGCCGAAAGAUAAUCGAAUCAAUGAACUAGAAAGGGAUCUAAUUAAAGUGAAGCACGACUACAUUAUAUCAUUGGCAAAUGGCAGCAAAAUUCCGAAAGGCAACACAUCCCAAACAAAUAUCUCAAAACUAUUAUAUGAUCAACAAAAUAAACAACGCCAACUUAGAGAAGAGAUUAAAGCACGCGUUGAACAACUGUCAACGGAGGUAGUUCAUGAAUAUUUGCGACGGAAACCACAUCGCGCAAUUAAAGGAGACUUUGCCACUUUUCCUACAAACGAACUCACACGAACGCUAAUUGCCUAAUUGUGUGUGAUGCCACACGAGCAUAGAUUACUAUACCAGUGUGAACCAAUCAACCUAUAUGGUUAUUGUAUGAUUUCGUUGUUUUGAAGAAGAAAAAAGAAAGACACAUAGACUUAAAGUACAUUA